AUGAAUUUCAACCAUAAUUUUACGAAUGAAAGCAUUUCGAGAACAAAUUUAACAACUUCAGACGGAGACCACGAUCAGCAGUUCACUGAUCCCGUACGCGUGUCUGGGAUCUUAGCCAACUUUGCCUUGAAUGCGCCUUUAUCUGCUGCGGCAAUUUUGGGGAAUACAGCAAUUAUUUACUCGAUAUGGUACAACAGCUCCUUGCGUUUGCCAUCUCAUAUCCUUCUACUUGGCCUCACUCUGUGUGAUUUUGGAGUCGGUUUACUGGUGCAACCUCUUUAUAUUAUCUACCAGACUUUUUACAUCGUUAAUUUGCGGAAGACAUGGGUGCAGGCCAUGAUAGUGUUCAACGUCUUGUCCAACAUGCUCUGCUGUGUCUCAUUCCUCACAACGACGGCAGUGAGUAUAGAUAGAUAUCUUGCAGUUUACCUCCAUUUACGUUAUCGAAGGAUUGUCACAGUCGGGCGAGUUGUGAAGCUUCACGUUGGAUUAUGGCUCUUCUCCGCUGUCCUCGCCUCCACUAUUGUUUGGAACGUCACAAUAACAUUUUUCGCUGCACUCCUUAUUAUAUCACUGUGCUUGUUAACUACGUUCGCGGUUUAUCUGAAGAUUUACUCAGUCGUGCGAGGCCAUCGUAGAGCCAUACACCAACAGCAAAACCAGCAACGUGCGAGAACACUGCAUCAGGCGAAAACAACCCUGAGUAUGUUUUACAUCUGUCUGAUCCACGCUCUUUGUUAUCUUCCAUAUUUUGUGUUUCUUAUUCUUAGAGAUGCCUACAAGCUCACUACGUUUACAUACUUAGGAACAGAGUUUGCUCAAACAAUUGUGUUCCUCAACUCUGCUUUAAAUCCUUUGCUAUACUGUUGGAGACUUUCUUACUUUCGCGAAGAAGUCAAAAGAUCGCUCUCAAGUUGUUGUUCUUUCUCGUAG